AUGGCUCUCCGUGGUAAGGGUCCUACGUUGGUUGGAGUACUGUGGUUCGAAACAAUACUGUGUAUGAUUGUGCUUGCACUACGAGUCUACACACGGACUGUGAUCCGCCACAGUAUCGGUUGGGAUGACUUACUGCUUAUUGUCGCUUGGGCUCUGAUGGUUGCCUUUUCUGGCCUCUGUACAGCAUCUGCACAUCAUGGUAUGGGUGUGCAUGCGAGUGAACUCGGAGUCGAGGAGACUCCGCAGGGAAUGCUACUGCUCUUGAUUGCGCAAAGCGUUAUAGCAAUUUCCAUGGGGUUGAGCAAGUGUGCUGUCGCUGCUUUCCUUAUGCGGAUUGUUGUCAAAAGAUGGCACAAGAUCUUCCUGUGGUUCUGGAAUAUCACUAUCAUGGCCCUAAGCAUUCUUCUGGCUAUCACUGUGUUUGCACAAUGUACACCAGUUCAGUCGAUCUGGGACUCGCGAGUCCCGAGUAAUGGCUGCUCGUUGAAUCUUACAAUUAUGGCCACAAUCAUGUGCGCAUGGUCCGCCGUCCUUGACUUUGUUCUCGCUCUGUUCCCAUGGGUGGCCCUGUGGAAUUUAAACAUGAAGAAAAAGGAGAAAUAUACCAUUUGCCUCUCCUUGAGUCUGGGUAUUUUUGCCGGAAUUUGCGGUGUAAUCCGAACAACAGGUCUCGACGCUUUAACCCAAUCAACUGACUAUCUCUAUGCAACAACCGACUCGGUGAUGUGGACAAUGUCCGAACUUACCACCACCAUAAUUUGCGUGACCAUCCCCGCGCUUCGUCCUCUCUACCGCUCCAUCCGGGGUAACGACUCAUCCACCGACGCUUCAUACUAUAACAACCUCCCUCCCUAUGGAAAAGACAGCGGUGGACGCAGCAGCGAACGCAGGGCAAAGCCGACCUUUGCCAUGGACACAAUAACAACGACCACCGUCAAUGGCAAAGACAUGGAUGACGAGUCCAGGGCUAGUGGGACCAAUGAAGAGCACGGAGAGGAUACAGACACGAAACAUAUUCUGCAACAUGCACCUCCUCGGUCACCUGGUAUCUACCAAGUUAAUGAGGUGAGGAUAUCUUAUGAGAAUCGAAGGCCUGGUGAUGGGAUGGGUGGUGAUGGCAUGCCUUCUGUCCCUGUCAAGGCUAAACAGCAUAUUUGA